CUAAUUCUCAAGAGGACUUGUUUUCAAUACCUGAUUCUAUUGUGAGUUCUCAUAAUAACAUAACCUCAUAGUGUCGACAUGGUUUGCCAGGAAGAGCUCUUGAUACAGAAAGUCUGCGGCUUGUAUGAUCAAAUCUCAGGCCUUGAAAGUCUCAAACCUUCCAAAGAUGUCGACAUGCUCUUCACACAGCUUGUUCUCACGUGCAUGCCACCAAACCCUAUUGAUGUUAACAAGCUUUCCAAGAAAAUCCAGGAAAUGAGGUCUAAGCUCAUUAGACUCUGCGGAGAAGCUGAAGGUCUCUUAGAGGCUCAUUUCUCUACCAUCUUAGGUUCUUUUGAAACCCCUCUUGAUCAUCUCAACAUCUUCCCUUAUUAUUCAAACUACCUUAAGCUUAGCCACCUUGAGUUCACCAUCCUUAAACAGCAUUACCCUCAUGUCCCUAGCCAAGUUGCCUUUGUGGGUUCUGGCCCUCUUCCCCUGACUUCAAUUGUGCUAGCCUGCAAACACCUCACCACCACCUCUUUCCACAACUAUGAUAUUGACCCAUCAGCCAAUUCCAGGGCUCUUCGCUUGGUCUCCUCUCAUCCUGACAUCUCCAAACGAUUCUUCUUUCACACAACUGAUAUCUUGAAUGUUGCCAAUGGACUGAAAGAGUUUGAUGUAGUUUUCUUGGCAGCUCUUGUUGGUAUGGACAAGGAGGAAAAGAUUAGGGUCAUUCAUCACUUGGCUAAGCACAUGGCUCCUGGGGCUAUUUUAUUGCUAAGGAGUGCUCAUGGUGCUAGGGCUCUUCUGUAUCCAGUGGUGGAUCCUUGUGAUCUCAUAGGAUUUGAGGUUCUUUCGGUGUUUCAUCCUACUGAUGAAGUGAUAAAUUCAGUUGUCAUCGCUCGUAAACAUCAAGUGCCUAUACAGUCAUCAUCAAUAGAUCAGCAAGCUCUUGUCCCCAAUAUAGUACAGCUGCCUACCAAGUGUUCUGAGAUCCAAGCAUUCAAUCCCCUUAACCAUGGAAACAUGGUUGAGGAAUUGACCAUUGAGGAGCAACUCUGACAAAUUCUCUCUCUCUCUCUCUCUCUCUCUCUCGAUAUAUCCACAUGGAAAUUGGAUCUUAAAAUAGAAUCUUGUGUCACGAUCAUGAAUGUCUAACAUAUUAUCUAUCUGCUAUUGAUCUUCUCCUGCUAUUUGUGUGUUUACUAUAUUUAAAUAUUUUGAUGAAUAACGAUUCCCAUUUCAA